UGUCAAUGUAGGAAACUAAUAUGAUCUUCUAUUUAAUUAAAUUAUCAAAUAAAAUAAUUAAUCCGACACGGACAGUGCUAAAAAACAAAAAGAGAAAAGGUAACGAGAAAAGCGAGAAAGACUACAAACACGUUAGACUGUGGGUUGUUUCAAAUUUCCAUUUAAUUAAAUUAUUAAAUAAAAUAAUUAAUCCGAUACCGACAGUGCCACUAAAAACAAAAAGAAAAAGGCAAGGGGAAAAAGGAAAAAGAAGGCGAGAAAGACUUGAUACGCUUUUCAAGUCAACACCGUGAUCUCAAUCAGAAAGACUAGACUGUUGGUUGUUUCAAAUUUCCAAGGGUUUCACAGUUUUUAAGAGUUCAAUUACUCACAAAACAAAUACAUAGUUUUGUUUCAAAAUCAUAGCAUUGCAUAGCAGUUUGUUUCAUUGAUCAUUUUGAAGAUGACAGUCAAGGCUACUGUCGAAUUUCUGCUGGAGAAGAUGAUGCAGCUUAUAAACUCCGAUGAUCAGUUAAUUCUGGAGGCUUAUGAGAAUAAACUCAUAGACCAGGACCAAAUCGAAUCGCUUUACCAGGACAUGCAAUUCCUUGGAAAAUUUCUCAGAGAUUCGGAAGAGAAACUCAAUGAGCAUGAGCAGCUGAAACUACUUGUCUCAAGAAUCAGGUAUGUUACUUGCGAGGUUGAAGAAACAAUCGAUUCGCUAGUCCUCAAUUCUGUCUUGGACAAAGAUGCAAGAGUCUUUACUGAUAAAUUGCAUAUCUUUGUCAGUUUGUCAUGUAAGAUGGUUGAUUUAGCUGAGAAAAUCAAUUGUUGCUUUAAAACUAUGAUGCAAGAGAUAGAUUUAGUGAAGUAUCUUCGAACAGAGUUGAUAAAUCUUCUCUCAUGGUUUGAGUCUCAAUUGGCUGAGAAAAAUGGUGAUAUCGGAGAAGAUGUUAAGGCUACCAAGAUAUACGCGAUGAAGUGUUUUGAGACAGAGACGGGUUGGACAAGAGCUCCACAAAAUGAGAUGAGAAAGAGACUGAUUAUCACAUGGUUUGAGUCUGACAUGCCUGAUGAAAUCCGUUUCCUCUUCAAAUUGUCUGAAAUGAUGGUCUAUCGGAGUAGAAAGAUUCGUGAUUGCUUUCGCAGACGUCAUGUUUAUUUGUGUGAAGCAGACCAAGACAUGAUAUUUGCUUGCGUGGAUCUCGAAUCGAGAAUCAUUUGGUCUGAAUUUGACAUUGCUGAUGACAUUCAUCUCCUCCUCUCCUUGUCCCAAGAGAUGUCUGACCUGCUCGAGGGACUUUCUUGUUCAUAUUUUACACCCCGAGUGCUGCUGAUGGAGAAAAAAGUGAUGACUAUUUAUGAGAAGGCAUCAUCACUUGAUUCUCACAUGGCUGAUGAAUUUCUUCGCAGGUUGAAGUUGUUAGAACAGAUGGUUUCUACAUAUCUUCCUGAUCCUCUCCGUGGUUUAUGUAUGAUUGAUUCCAUGAAGACGGACAUAAAUUUUUAUGAAAGGGAAUUGACUCUCACAUGGCUUCAUUGCUCGGCUGAUAAAAUUCGUCAUGGUUUUGGGAAUGUCACCAAAUGCAUUAAGUCUAUUAAAACAGAGGUGAGGCAGAUUUAUGAGGAGAAACUGUGUGGCAUAGGAAUACAGCAAUUUGGAAAGUCUUCCCAUCAAACUUCACCAGCACCAAUCAGCCCAAUGGUACAGGAAGAAACGGUAGUUGGUCUCGAUGAAGAAACAGAGAACAUAAAGGAGCUGCUUACUGAAGAACAUGAAAAGCAGCUGAAGUGCAUAGCCAUCAUUGGGAUGCCUGGACUCGGUAAGACAACUCUGGCCAAAAAAGUUUACAAUGAUUGUCUCAUUCAAUAUCACUUCUAUAUUUGUGCAUGGAUUUAUGUGUCACAAGUAUAUAAAAAGGAGGUUUUGUUGCAUGCCGUUUUUAGCUCUGCCUUCCAGUCUAGAGAUGAUGUUCGUAACUUGAGUGACGAAAAGUUAACUGGAGAGGAUUUAGGAAAAAAAAAGUUAACUGAGGAGGAGUACAAUGAAAAGUUAGGUGAAAAGUUGUACAAACGGUUAAAGGGUAAUAGAUAUCUUAUUAUCAUGGAUGAUAUAUGGAAUUCGGAGCCUUGGAAUGAUCUGAAAAGAUAUUUUCCAAAUGACAGCAAUGGCAGUAGAAUUCUUUUUACCACUCGACACGAAGAUGUGGCGGUCGCUUUACAUGCUAAACCUCAUCGUUUGCGCUUUCUGAAUGAAGAUGAAAGUUGGGAUUUAUUGCGAUUGAAGACAUUUCUCAAAGAAAGCUGCCCUCUAAACUUGAUGGAAAUUGGAAAAAAAAUUGCAAGAAAAACUCGAGGACUACCCCUUGCAAUUGUCGUGAUAUCUGGACUUCUUGCAAAACAAGACAAGACACUGGAAUGGUGGAAGCAUGUUGCCAAAAGUGUAAGUUCAUACAUGGUGAGUGACCCAGAGCAAUACAUGCACACACUAGAACUCAGUUACAACCACUUGCCCCAUUACUUGAAACCAUGCUUCCUCUAUCUCGGGGCAUUUAUAGAAGACCAUGAAAUUCCAGUGCAGAAAUUGAUCUGGUUAUGGGUUGCCGAGGGAUUUAUAUGGAAAAAUGAGCAGAAGACUUUGGAGGAGGUUGCAGUGAAUUACUUGAUGGAUCUAAUUGAUAGAAGCCUUGUAAUUGUUUCGAAGAAAAGGUCCAAUGGUGAAAUCAAAGCGUGCAGAGUACAUGAUCUCUUGCGUGACUUGUGCCUGAGCAAAGCUCAAGAAGAGAAUUUUCUUCAUCAGAUUUCCAUAGAAGGUCACAAAGAGAAUUUACUUGAGAGAAUUUGUGAUAAGGUUCAGGAAGAGAAAUUCUUUGAGCAGAUCUUUGAAAAACAUGACGAAGAGAAUAUUUUUCAGCAGAUUUUUGGAUCUUCUUCAAGUACCACCUUAAAUAAACAUCGUCGCAUGUGCAUACAUCCUGACCAUGUCAAUUUUACUUCUUUGAAACAUUAUCCCUAUGCGUCCAAAGUCUGCUCUAUCGUAUCCUUUGGUCAUUCAAAUACAUGGGGUAACUUUUAUCCAAGAAAUGUGUCACUCAUUGAUCAAGAUUUCAUACUUCUUAGGGUUUUGGAUUUAUCAUCCAUCCAAAUUCCUUUUUUCCCUGGGGGAAUACAUUACUUGGUCCUUUUGAGGUAUUUAGCACUGCAUGUUGAACGGCAAAAGAUUUUCCUGCCAUCAAAAUUCAACCUCUUGAACCUAGAAACCCUUUUUCUUGAAGGCCAAAAUUUGUUAGUUUUAUCAGAUGAUAUCUGGAAGAAAGUGAAGUUGAGGCAUCUCUGUGUUGAAUGGGGUAUUGAAUUCUCUAGCAUACCCAACGAUGGAGAUGCUUUCUUAUUGGCUAACUUACAAACAUUAGGCAAACUGCAUCUUUAUAGUGGAGAGGAGCGAGCCUUGAAAUGGAUUCCCAAUCUCAUAAAACUAAAAUGUGAUAUUAGGAAAAGGUUAAAUGGGGAUGAUCAUUUCCCUAAACUGAACUUUCUGAUUCACCUUGAAACAUUGAAUGUGUUAUCCCGUGACUGCAAAAGGUUUUUCCAUCUGGAUAAUUUUCCCCCAAGUCUCAGAAGCCUAACUUUAUCAUAUGUCGGUCUAAGUUGGGAGGAAAUGUCGAUCCUCGGGAUGUUACCCAACCUUGAGGUUCUCAAAUUAUUAGAUGAGGCAUUUGAGGGCUCAAGAUGGGACACUAGUGAUGGGGAGUUUCGAAAACUCAGAUUCUUGAAAUUUCGAGGCUUGGAUGUUGGCCAAUGGAAUGCUUCCAGCAACCACUUCCCCUGCCUUCAACAAUUGGUAUUAGAGGAAUGUGUAAGACUUGAGGAGAUCCCAUCUAGUUUGGGAGAUAUACCUACACUAGAGAUGAUUCAACUGCGGCGUUGUAGUUGCUCUGCUGAAAACUCUGUGAGAGAAAUUCAAGAACAACAAAGGAGAAUGGGAAAUAAUGGGCUGAAGAUCCAAAUCCUUGAAUGGAAUCAUGGGAGAAUGUUCUAAUAAUAGUUAUGCAUUGAAGCCUGAAGGAGUAUGGAAUAAUGAAGGAUCCUAAUUGGGCAUGAAGAAUGUGGAUUUCUGUUUUUUGGAGUUUGAUCAUAGGUUUGAAAUGUUAUUACUUUAAGUUUAAUUUUAGCGAAGAAUAUCAUUUGUCAUUGGAUCAAUUUGUGAGAAUGGAAUGAUUGUAUUUGAUGAGAUAUUUUGAAUUCUGAAUGUUCAUAUGGGAUUUAUGAGUGGGUGAGAAAAAAAUAAAUAGAAGUUCAUUCUUUUGUUA